AGCCGAAUGCCGUUGUGCACGUACAUAUAGAAGGUUGUCUCACAGGCCUCUUGUUACUCACCAUUAUGUCCAGCAGGAAACUGCCCUCUUUCGACGAGCUGCCAAAAUUCCACAAUUUUUCGGGGUGUGCUUGGGACGUAUGGGGGAAAGACGAUGAGUUGGGAACUGUCAACUUGUUGACGGAAGACGUUGUGAAGAUAGCCACAGAAGAAAUCAAAUUGGGGAAGACCAUUUGCUUGAACUGGCCUGUCAACUUUCCUGAGAAGCCAUUCUACACUAGACAGACACCUAUUAUUCAUUCUUGGCGGAAGUCGGACACAAUCAAUGAUGACUCGAUUUCUAUCAACACACAGUCGGGGUCUCAGUGGGAUGGCUUGAAGCACUACGGUAUCGCGCAACACAAGGUUUUCUAUAAUAACACUCCUUCAGAAUCCUUGUACAGAGGACACAUCUCCAUUCCUGACCCAGGGAAGCUUGACCCCAAAUUGAUGAAGUUAGGUAUUCACAACUGGUCUCAGCAUGGAAUAUGCGGACGUGGUGUCUUCCUGGAUCUGGUGGGUUAUUAUACGUCUGACGGCCUUCCGUUACCGUACGAUCCAUGGACAACACACGGAAUACCAUUGAAGGACAUUCAAGACUGCGCUAAAAAGCAAGGUGUUGAAUUCAGACAAGGCGACAUCCUCCUGCUACGCAUGGGCUUCAUUCAGAGAUUCAGUUCCGCAACUCCUGAGGAACGUUUAUUCUUUCAUGGAAAGCCUGAGACCUUCGCUGGCAUUGAGCAAACUGAAGACAUGAAACGAUUCCUUUGGAACAACCAUUUCGCUGCCGUUGCGUCCGAUCAGCCCGCUUUGGAGCGUGUGCCGCCUCCACAAGGAAUACCACAACUCCAUCAGACAAUAUUAGGCUUGUUUGGUAUGCCCAUAGGCGAAUUCUUCGAUCUGGAGGCUCUCUCCAAGUUCUGCUCUGAGACUGGGAGAUACACCUUUUUCUUCUCUUCUUGGCCGCUCAAUGUCCUUGGCGGCGUAGCAAGUCCUCCUAAUGCUGCUGCUUAUUUCUGAGUGUAGCUUGGUUGUUGUAGGAAUGCCGACGAAGAUUGUAACAGCAUGCUGCCACGAACAUGUAUAAAUAGAUAACGAAUACAGCGAUGAGAACCUG